UUCAUGUAAAAUCUUUGUAUUUGUAAAUCUUUGGUGAACCAAGAGCUAGUGUCGCACUGUUCAAUAUCUUAUGGUACAUACAUACCUAGUAAUAUCAGGUGAGACGAUGUUAAUCCUACUCAGAACAAACGGUGAACAAAUCGUGACUGUUUACCGAUAUACCCAGAUAUGUUAUUCAAUAACAUAGAGAGCGCCCGAGAAUUCAUUCUAGCAAGAGCACAACGUGGUCGAUGAGUAGAGACAUUAAUUGUUUGUUUGUUUUUACAAAACGCCGAGAACGUUAGGUGGUUCAGUGCGGGGAUGAAUAAAGAUUAUCGUUUCGGCGCCACUUUUAGUAGGUACAAUUCUAUUCAGUGACGGAAAGGCCUACCAAGAACGCCUAACAUAGUGUGUAAUAUUGAAAUAGAACCUUGAUGAUCAUUGUGCUGUUCGAGAAUCCAAUAUGACUAGUAGGAAGUGAUUCGUAAGUCGAUACUCACGCCACUAUGAGAAAACCACAGGAUGUCACAUCACCGGAUACUUACCAAACUGCAUCUCAUUGCCAUAUUCUUGAGUGUCAUUACGAAAUAUGAGCCAGCAGAAAAAAAAUCAUCCCUUCAAUUACUCACACAACAGUGCCGAUAUGACACCGAAGUUCUCUGUCCUGGAUGCUUCUCCGCAUCCAUCAAUUGUGAUUUUUUCGAGAACUUCUUAACCCUUGAUGGGAAUGAAUUGUUGGAAGGCAUAAUGCACUGCAUUAAUCAACAUGGUGUCCGUUACGGCACCCUAAAUGACAAUAAGCAACGAGUUGUCAUCAGGAAUCUCAACAAGGACGGUGCUGUGCGAGCGUUGAGCGACGAAAUAUGCGAUGAAAUUGGCACCAGUGGGACAGAAGAGUGCCGAUUGAAAAACGAGGAACCAUAUCUUCGAGCUCUUCGGCGACGCGUGCUGGAUGAAAAUCUUGUAGAAGGUGCCGUAAUCUGUCCCUCUGAUGAAGAAGUUUUAAGAAGGUUGUUGCUUGAGAUUGAUGGACAUGAGUUGAGCAAAAUGCUUCUUCUAAAAGUGAAUGUUCAACCACUGCUUUUAAAGAUGUUACAUGAACGGGGUUUUCCAGUCCCAAAGCUUGUAUUCCAAGGUGGAUUUACUGUUGUGGAAACCUAUGAAGGGCAAUCACUGGUCAACUUUUACGAUAACUCGUUGAAUGUGAGACUAAUGAUAGCAAAUGAAUUGAUUAAGGCUAGUUUAAAAUUCACCAACGGAUACAAUGGCUUUAGAUUCUAUCUAACAGACAUGAGUUUAGACAACAUCGUUGUACGAAUUCUUUCCUCCAAAGAAGUGAAACUUUCUUUUGUAGAUCUAAAUAAUGUGAUAAUACUCGAUAGUCAUAAUAGAAGACUGAAUCCACACGCACAUACGCAUUCUCGAAUAGAUUGCGAUGGUUGUUUUGCCUAUGUACAGAACGAUAUUUGUUCCUACGAAAAAAGUGAUAUAAAUUUGUAUGCCGUUUGUCAGUUACUCCUGGAGGAUCUCAACGGAGAUAGCAGUAGAGGAUUUCUUCAUAACCUAGAUGAUAAUCCCAAUUUGGUUACAAUUCAAUCUCUUUUGCAAAAUUGUGUUUACUGUAGCCCUCCCCACUGUGAAAACCGUCAGGCAAUUCUUCAACGAAUUCAGACAAUAAUACGUGAUGUUGUGUAUAAUGUAUGAUAUGUAUCAAAAUAAAAAAAAUGUGUCAUAUGAA